UAAGCAAUGCGGCGACGCGCAACAUGUUCGCCCCAGUUGGCCGCCACUUUGUAGGGGGAGGAAGAUGUGUGAGAUAUGGGGGCCGGGGUACCGGCAUGCUGUAAAUAGGUAGGAUCUUACCUAUGCGACGCUGACUCUACUGGGAAAGGAGCCGCCGUUGCGACCUCUUCGCCUGGGGACGAAUCGGGGCUCUUCCUGGGCUGAGAGGUAGCACACAAGGCUUGCGAGACAAUGGGCGUCCUCAUGUGUGAGGGUGAGGGUGAGGGCGAGAGUUGAUUGAGGAGGGUUCAUAUAAGAUCGGGGCCGAGUCUUGCCUCUUCUGCGAGACAUUACUUUUCCCCCUCCACCUACAUCCUCUUGUGUGAUACUGGUACUACAUCCCCGGAAUUUAGUCUGCGUAUGCAUACAUACAUACAUACAUACCUAUCAAUUCCCAUCAGACAUCUAUUUUUUUUCUUACUGUGCACGUGCACGUCUACUGCGACAUUGAUAAAUCGUCAUUAUGGCACAGCUGAAACCACAGCGCAGGCCUUCGGCAGAGGUCUCAUCACCAAGCAGAUGUCAUAUUCCAUCGCAAAAACAUUCACAAUCCACGGCACUCAUCUCAUCACCAUCACCAUCACAUUUCGGGGCAUCAUCGGCGCAUGAUGUCAAGAGACAAAGUGGUCGUGGCUACGGUGCCCGAAAUGAUUCCCAGCUGCACAAGAUGAGCUCCCAAGAGAAGUCCAACCCGCCAAAGAGGGAGCGCAUCGCCCGGACAUCGUUGACAGACACACACGCACCAUCUCACUCUCAGAGACCAGUGCCGGGCAACCAGAAACGAGCCUUCCCGGCACUGAGAACAAGAGACAUUCUCAGAAGUCCCCGACUACAGCAAGUUACAGGAAUACUGCCGAGGAAGGCCGAUCUCUGGGCCGACAGAGAGCUACCUCCUGACGAGCUUUACCGACUCGCAUGGGCCAUGAGAUUACCUGAGCCGUUCCCCGCAAAGCGGCCACGAGGCGAAACCCAAACCCCAAUUACAUCUCAACUCAGGAAGAUGUAAUAGCCAUAAGCAAGAAACCGAAAAUGCAAAAGAAAAGUCUCAACUCAGAGACCUAUUGGCUAUAACAAGAUGGUCAAAGAAAGAAAAAAAAUCCCCUCCAGGAAGGAAUUUUGAAUCCAAUUAUUCUAUCUCAUGACACAAAACGUCGUUUCUCUCAUCAACUAUAAUCC